AUGAAGAUGCUGCUCUUCUUCUUACUUUCAUUCUUCCAUUUCAACCCAUCUCUGAGCCUCAAAAUCUGCUCCUUCAAUGUGAGGUCUUUUGGAGCAACUAAAAUAGCCAGACCUGAAGUCGUUGAUGCUGUGGUAAAGAUUAUUUCCCGCUGUGACGUCAUGUUGCUGAUGGAAAUAAAGGACAGCAAAAACCGUGUUUGUCCUCUCCUGGUGGAGAAGCUUACCAGUCAGUUGAAGGGGCCAAAGGAGGAGUACAGGUGCGUGGCUAGCGAGAGGCUGGGAAGGAGCAGCUACAAGGAACAGUAUGUCUUCUUUUACAGGCAAAAUCAGGUGUUGGUGAAACAAACCUACCAGUACCCUGACACCCAGCCUGGGGAUGAGGAUGUCUUCUCCAGAGAGCCCUUCACCAUCUGGUUGCAGUCUCCCAAAACCGCUGUCCGUGAGUUUGCUAUUAUCCCUCUGCACACCACACCAGACACAGCAGUGCGGGAGAUCGAUGAGCUCUAUGAUGUGUAUUUGGAUGUCAAACAGCGCUGGAAAAUUGAGAACUUCAUCUUCAUGGGGGACUUCAAUGCUGGGUGUAACUAUGUUCCCCAAAAGCAGUGGAAGAAUAUCCGUCUGAGGACUUAUUCUGAAUUCCUCUGGCUAAUUGGUGACAAAAAUGACACAACAGUGAAGAACAGCACCAGAUGCCCAUAUGACAGGAUUGUGGUUAGUGGACAGAAGCUCAUCCAGGCUGUGGUGCCACACUCUGUCAACGUCUUUGAUUUCCAGGAGGAAUUUCAGAUGACCGAGGAGCAGGCACUGGGAGUGAGUGACCAUUUCCCAGUAGAAUUCGAGUUAAAAGCAAAAGGUGGACUUUUCAACUGGCUGAGAUCAAAGUUUUCAAGGAAGAGGAGACCAAAGAAGAGCCGCUGAGUUCUCCUGCAUGGCAUGGAAAUAAACAGAUGCCAACAGAUCUUGAAGAAGACUGGUGCAGAAAUACAGCAAGUGCAAUGUUUAGUGGCUAAAAACCCUCAUAUAUUUUGUUAUAGUUUAAAUAUUUUGAGUGAGAAGGCAAAUUAAACCUUCACGCUGUUUUUUCUU